AUAUUUAAUUUAUCUUUAGUUUUUCUUUAUUAUAUAUUUAUCGUAAUAAUAGUAAUAAAAAUAAAAAUAAUAAUCAAAGUAUCAAGAGCUUCAAUCAGUGUUCGAAGUUCAGAAAUUUGAAACGGGAUCGACUUCGACCCUCAUUGAAUUGAUGCUGAAGCUCUCACUGUGAAGAAAACAUGGAGAGUACGGGGAGAAGGAUCACGGUGAGUCCUCGACCUUGCUGCGGCCGGAGAGUGAUUGCGAAGAAGACUGGUCGCGGUGGAACGGGGGAUGCCUUUGUCAACAGCGUUAAGAAGCUUCAGAGACGUGAAAUCAGCUCGAAGCGUGAUCGGGCUUUUAGUAUGACCGAUGCUCAAGAACGAUUCAGGAAUAUUAGCUUGCAGGAAGAGUAUGAUACACAUGAUCCAAAAGGUCCUUCGACUUUGAUAUUGUCGUUUCUGAGAAAAAGAUCGAAGAUUAUUGAGAUUGUGGCAGCACAGGAUAUUGUUUUUGCUCUUGCACAAUCUGGACUUUGUGCAGCAUUUAGCCGAGAAACCAAUCAACGGAUAUGUUUUUUGAAUGUCAGUCCAGAUGAAGUUAUAAGGAGUCUAUUUUAUAACAAAAAUAACGACUCGCUUAUCACAGUUUCUGUCUAUGCGUCAGACAGUUAUAGUUCCUUGAAAUGCAGAAGCACAAGGAUUGAAUACAUUAGGAGGGGUAAACAUGAUUCUGGCUUUCCUCUUUUUGAAUCCGAGUCUCUGAAGUGGCCAGGGUUUGUAGAGUUUGAUGAUGUAAAUGGGAAGGUACUUACAUACUCUGCUCUGGAUAGUGUAUACAAGGUAUUUGACCUGAAAAACUAUUCAAUGUUGUACUCCAUUUCUGAUAAAAAUGUCCAGGAGAUUAAGAUCAGUCCGGGGAUCAUGUUGUUGAUUUUUGCUAAAUCAAGUAGCCACGUCCCACUUAAAAUCCUUUCAAUAGAAGAUGGUACUGUUUUGAAAUCGUUCAACCAUCUCCUUUAUCGGAAUAAGAAGGUGGAUUUUAUCGAACAGUUCAACGAAAAGCUACUUGUCAAGCAAGAAAAUGAAAACCUUCAAAUUCUUGAUGUGCGGAAUUUUGAGCUGAGAGAAGUUAGCAGAAGUGAAUUUAUGACACCUUCUGCAUUUAUCUUUCUAUACGAGAACCAACUAUUCUUGACUUUUCGAAAUCGGACUGUGGCUGUGUGGAACUUCCGUGGAGAGCUUGUAACUUCUUUUGAGGACCAUCUCUUGUGGCAUCCUGACUGUAAUACAAACAACAUAUACAUAACCAGUGACCAGGAUCUUAUCAUAUCCUACUGCAAAGCUGAUUCAGAUGAUUCGUUAUCUGAAGGAAGUGCGGGUUCCAUCAAUGUCAGCAACAUUUUAUCUGGCAAGUGUCUUGCCAAAAUCAGAGCAAGCAACAGUUCUUCAAAGGACGAUAAGUGCAGUUGCUGCGACAGUUCUUCAAGUGAAAGUUGUAAUUCAAAAAAGCGAAAACAUGUUUCCAGUGUCUCCAGAGUGAGAAGCACAGUUGCUGAAGCCUUGGAAGAUAUUACUGCUCUCUUCUAUGACGAAGAUCGCAAUGAGAUCUAUACGGGAAAUAGGCAUGGUCUAGUUCAUGUCUGGUCUAACUGAUGUAAUGUGUUAACUGUACUGCUGCCCUGUGUUGAUCAUCUUGAUCUGUCAAAAGAACAUUCUGAAACUGUAACAUCAUUCAAGUGUUUUGUAUCAUUCAGUUUUUUUUUCCUUGUCAUGUUCUACAUGCAGGGUUUUUAUUUUCUGUAGUUGGUAACAAAUCUGUAUGAAGUGCUAUACUGGUUAAAUCACCAAACGUUGCUUGUGUUGUAAUCUAUCGUUACAUUAAUUGAGCCUGCUUGGAUGGACCAAAAAUGUUGUGAAUUCAUUUUUUUAUCA